AUUUUCUAAAUCACGGGAGGAAAAACCGACACAGACUCAUUUUGAAAUAUAAUGAUUGCCUCCGAUCGCUUUUCCUUUUAUUAGCUUCUACUGGUCUCAAGGAAGACGAAAAAGAUUUUUUUGUAGACAAUGAGGAAAAUUAAUUCACAUCCUGUUUGAAUUUUAACAGAAAAUCAAUUGAGAGAUGUGGUACAGAAUCUGAAAAAAGUCCUGUGAGAGUUAAGAUUGUAGCAAUGUCAGUCAAGGCCACCCGCACAUUCGUCACCUGUUCCAGCUGCCAUUGGUCUCCACCUUUAAACCACAAGCUAUGAACAACAAUAGUCCAUGAACGUGCCACUUCAUCUGUUCUCGUUGUGAAAACAAAACAAUUAAGCCGUAACCUGUUCACAUUUGCAAGCCGCGCGUAGUUUUCAAAAAAGCAAGAAAAGAAUGGGUUUUGUUAAAAUAGUACUACUCUUUUUAACGGUGGUAGUGAUCUCUUUGGCUUCCCAAGAUGGACAACACCACAGAAGAUCGUAUACCAUAAAUCCAGGAAAGAUUUUGUUUUGUCCUUCGGCUCGGGCUGGACCGCCGGGUCCUCCCGGGCCUCCGGGUCUCCCUGGAAGAGACGGAAGAGAUGGGCGAGACUGUCCCCCUUGCAACUGUGGAGGGUCCGUACUGCCGCCAACAUCACCUCCCGUUGAAAGCCCGUGUCCCGGGUCUCCGCCACCUUUGCCCCAAGGCCCAGCAACAGGAGGAGAAGUCCCGCAUGUUCACAUUACAGGACAAGCACGUGACCUUGGGGAUCACACGGAGUUAAGUGGCAGUGGGGACAGCAGCCAAUAACUUAUCGCGAUUAGUUUAAAAUACACUUUGACGAAAAAAGGCGUAAUUGAUAAGUUAGCGGAAGACCACGACUGGGCAUUUAACAGUCAGUUAUAUCCACUGUAACGAACUACAAGGUCAUUUUGCUGUUUGUCCGGAGCAAGGUCACAAUUACCCAGCAACCCGGUAGAUCGCGUUUUGGGAGAUCACUUUCUUCAAUAUUAGCCCAUGUUUUUAGACAAACAACUUCGUGAGCGGUGUAACUUUUGUCGGACAAACAACAAGCGGGCCAUUUAUUAUUUGAACACUCUCGCUGAUUUUGGUUUUGUUUGGUACUAUCUGGUUGUAAAGUGUAACAAAGAUUUUCGGUUCACUAUUGAUUAUUUAGACAAGGAUAAGAAACCUUUCCGUGCAGAUUUGUCCAGGAAUUAGUUCGCUAGCUAAAGAAAUUGCUGGAAGAAAGGAAAAUUCCUACACUGUUUAAGUGUUUUUCCUGAUAACUUUAAAUCAGUUACGAACUUUUAACAUUGUCAUGAUCAUAUAGGAGAUCUACAACAUAGACAAAACGUAAAUACAGUAGGCUGAAAUAUUUUCGUUUUUGUCGUCUUACUAGUCUAACAAAUCCCCUCGAGUUGAAAUGAAUCGUUGUAUAGACCACGAUGAUUUUCUUGCCUAAUAAAAGGUUCUUGUAAAAGCA